UCCAUGUAUUUGCAUGUCAGCGCGGAUUCUGCUGCCUCCAAAGAGCAUUGUAGCAUAAGCCAUAGCCAUGAACACUUUGUUUUGGAUCAUCAUCAGUGCAUCGGUCAUCAUCCUCAAGAAGCCAGUCAUUUCAGGGGAAAUGUCAGUGUACUUUGACGAGUUCGUCGUAAAAUACUGGACAACUGAUCUGUUCGAGAAGGUCGAUUACAAGCUGUUCUACAUGGACAAUCGGAGCUACGUGAAUGCUGAGUUUGUGCUGAAGCGGAGUAUCGGAGAUAUAAAUGUACGAACUGCCAUGGACUUUUGGAAGCCAAACAAUCAGAAAUUGAAAAUUUACGACGUUCAAUUCGAUGGGUGUCUCCUGCUAAAAACUGCUCAUAAGAAUCGGCUUUUCAACGUUUACCUCAGAAGCUUUAAAAAGCAUUUGAAUGCAAAUCUCACUUGUCCCAUGAAGGCGAAUUUUAGCUACACGUUGUCCAAUUGGCGAUUGGAGGCACAGGAUCUACCGCCAUUUAUUCCGGUCGGUAGAUUCCGUACGAUUACCGAAUAUUUCACCCAGAAACAAUUGGGAGCGCGCAUAGUCGCGCAGGGUAAAUUUUUGAACAAGAACUAG